GCUUUUGCUUGGGAAGGCAGCGGCUGCUGGACAGGGUCCAUCUUGGAGAGCGAAUGAGGGAGAGCAGAGGUAGCCAGCUCAGUCAAAGCCUCACGAGGUCAGGUGAGGCUGAGCCUCACUGGAGACACACGUGGGCAACGGGAAUAAAUAAACUGGAGGGCGCUAGAAAGUCCAGCGAGCAGAACGCCAGGCUCCAGUGGAUGCUGUCUAAAAAGAACCACCAUGCCAGGUCCCUCACCAUGGUCAACGAAUCCUGCAGCGGCAGCAAUGGGAUUGUCAGCGGCAGCAGCAAUGGGGUGGCCAGCCUCAGGUCCGACGGGAGCAGCAGUGGCGGGGAGAGCUCCAGGGACAGCUCGCGGUGCUCCACCCCUGUCCUCGAUGCCGAGCGACACGACCGCCUGAGCGAAAAGAUGCGCCGGAGGCAGGACUCGGGGGACAAAUGGUUCUCGCUGGAGUUCUUCCCCCCACGGACAUCCAACGGGGCCGUCAACCUCAUCUCCAGGUUCGACCGCAUGGGGGCAGGGGGCCCGCUCUUCAUCGACGUCACCUGGCACCCGGCCGGAGACCCCGGCUCCGAUAAGGAGACCUCUUCGAUGAUGAUGGCCAGCACGGCACUCAACUACUGCGGCCUGGAGACGGUGUUGCACAUGACCUGUUGCAACCAGACCAAGGAGACGAUCACCGCACACCUGCAGAAAGCCAAGCGGUUGGGGAUGAAGAACAUCAUGGCGUUGCGUGGAGAUCCGAUUGGUGAAGAGUGGCAAGAGGAAGUGGAUGGCUUCAACUACGCCGCAGAUCUGGUGAAGCACAUCCGUUCUGAAUUCGAAGAUUAUUUUGAUAUCUGCGUGGCGGGUUAUCCCAAGGGCCACCCGGAGGCAGACAGCUACAUCGAUGACUUGAAACACCUGAAGGAGAAGGUCUCAGCAGGAGCUGACUUCGUCAUUACGCAGCUCUUCUUCCGGUCGGAAACAUUCCUCAAGUUUCUUCAGGACUGCCAGGCUAUUGGCAUUGCUUGCCCCAUCGUGCCGGGAAUAUUUCCCAUCCAGGGGUAUCAUUCUUUGCGCCAGCUGGUGAAGCUGUCUAAGCUGGAGGUGCCUCAGGAGAUCAAGGACGUCAUUGAGCCCAUCAAAGAUAACGAUGCCGCGAUCCGGAAUUACGGCAUAGAACUGGCAGUGACCAUGUGCCGGGAGCUGCUGGACACCGGCUUGGUGCACGGUCUCCAUUUUUACACCCUCAAUCGGGAAGUGGCCACCGUGGAAGUGCUGAGGCGUCUGGGCCUUUGGAAGGAGGACCCCAGGAGGACGUUGCCCUGGGCAAUCAGCGCUAACCCCAAGCGGCGAGUUGAAGACGUCCGUCCCAUUUUCUGGGCUUCCAGGCCAAAGAGCUACAUUUACCGAACUCAAGAAUGGGAUGAGUUCCCCAAUGGCCGCUGGGGGAAUUCAUCCUCCCCCGCCUUUGGGGAGCUCAAGGACUAUUACCUCUUCUACUUGAAGAGCAAGUCGCCCCGGGAGGAGCUCCUGAAGAUGUGGGGGGAGGAGCUGACCAGCGAGCAGAGCGUCUUCGAGGUCUUCAGGUGCUACAUCUCCGGAGAGCCCAACAGGAACGGCCAAAAGGUGACUUGCCUGCCCUGGAAUGACGACCCGCUGGCUCCUGAGACCAACCUCCUGAAGGAGGAGCUGGCCAAGGUGAACAAGAGGGGGAUCCUGACCAUCAACUCCCAGCCCAACAUCAACGGCAAGCCUUCCACCGACCCCGUCGUGGGCUGGGGGCCCAGUGGGGGCUACGUCUUCCAGAAGGCUUACCUGGAGUUCUUCACCUCCAGCGAGACUGUGACGGCGCUCCAGACGGUUCUGAAGAAAUACGGGCAGCGGGUGAAUUACCACAUCGUCAAUGUCAAGGGCGAAAACAUCACCAACGCUCACGACCUGCAACCAAACGCCGUGACUUGGGGCAUCUUCCCUGGCAGGGAGAUCGUUCAGCCGACGGUGGUGGAUCCGGUGAGCUUCAUGUACUGGAAGGACGAGGCCUUCGCUCUGUGGAUCGAGCAGUGGGCCAAGCUGUACGAAGAGGAGUCCCCCUCCCGCAUGAUCAUCCAGUACAUCCACAACAACUACUAUUUGGUUAACUUGGUGGACAACGAUUUCCCCCUGGAGAACUGCCUCUGGCAGGUAGUGGAGGACACUUUUGAGCUGUUGAACUGACCGGUCCGUCAGAGAACAAGGUCCCCCCAGCCGAUCUGGCCGGAAGCACGCUCAGACUCCGGAUGCAAGGUGGAAUCACAGCGGCCCCCUAACACUCCCCUGGAGGGUUCCUCUGGCUGUGUUACCCCCUUCCCCACCCUCCAUCUGGGGGCCGCAAGGACGUUUGUCUUCCCUUCUGAUCUGAAAAGACUUAUUUUUAAAUCUUCCCUUCUUUCGGUUUACCCGUUCCGUCACAAGCUCUCCCUUCUCCUAGACUAAGGGUAACUGAAAACCCAACUGGCGUCUCCCUGACCUUACCAGCACAGACAUACAUGAUGGUUGAGUUGCACUCAAUGUACUGAGCCAUUGCUGCAGUGCAUUCCCUUUUAAUUGGCUGUUAAAAUGAUUGAUUGUCUAGUGCAGAACCGCACUUGUGCUGGGGCUUCCCCCACAGCAGACCACCCCACACCUGGGGGCCUGGGGAUUUGGUGAGCUAUUUAUUUUGUUUUGUUUUCUAAGCUGGUGAGAUGAAGGACUCAUUCAAGGUCCUUUUUUUUUUUGCCCGCUGGGUGAAUUUGCCAGCUAUUUAAACAAUUGUAAAAAAUAAAUAAAUGUACAUAACUGAUGCCUCU